AUGGAUAAGAAACAUAAGCGAGUUGUUCUUAUUGGUUUUAUUGGUUGUGGCAAAACAACAUUAUUUAAUAAAAUCUGUAACACAGAUUUUAAAGUUAAAUAAGGAGGCCAAUCAGAUACAAGAUAAGUCUUCCUAAAGGAGUCAUGUCAUGGAUAAGGGUUUCGAGUUCUUGAUACACCUGGAUUUGGAUCAAGUAUUAAAAAGAUAGAGCAUGCUGUUGGAGUAUUGAAUGCAUUGACCGAAGGCCCGUUGAACUAAAUAUUUCUGGUGGUAAAGUGGGAAAGAUUGGGUUUGAUGAGAAAAUACAUAAAAGAUAUGGUUUUGAUAUUUAUGAGGUAUAGGAACCUAGUCACAAUAGCUGUUACACAUAUGGAUAUUGCGGAGAAAAAUACUUUAGAAAAAGAUAAAUUAGAAUUUGCUAAUGCAAUGAAGUCAUUUGGCUUAUAUUCCAUAGUCUAUUUCUCAAUACAUGAUUCAAAAAAAUAAAUAUGUUUUGAUAUUGAUAAAAUAAUAUUGAGAACAGAAUAAUAAAAGGUAGAUUUGACUGAGACAGAAUUUUAUACACAUUUUGAUCUGAUAGAAUAUAUGGAGGAAUUAGAAAUGAAUUUAGAAGUAGCCAAAGGGUAGAUAGUAGCUAAUUUUAACAAAAUUUCUAAAGUUGUGGUUAAAUUUAUUCAAGAGUUUGAUGUAAAUGAUAAGAAAAUAUCAACCGUCAUGCAUUACUUGGCUUUGGAAGUAAAACGAUUAGCUGAAAAAGAAAUUUCUGAAUUUGAAAGAAAAAAUAAUGAUAUCUUUUCUUAACUAUAUGAAUAAUGCUCAGAUCCAGUAAUAGCAUAUCUAGUAGAUUUUGCAUUAAAAAAAGAACUCAUGGAUUAAGUAGAUAAUAUUGUAAAAUUGACUUAAUUAAAAAUACUAAAUGAUUAAGAACAUUUCUUUCAUUACAUUAAAGCUUGUCCAAAUUGUGGUUUAAUUUGGUUGAAGGUAUCUGGCUGUGAAGGAGCUACUAAUUGUGGAAACUUUCCUGAUGUAGAUGAAUAUUUUAAUAGUUACAAAGAAACAUAAAAAUAUAAAUUUGAUAUUACAGAAAAAGGAGUUAAGUUCCAGGAAAUGCCUAAUAUUAAUAAUUAGGAAGUCAGUUUGAAAACAUAAAGUACAGAAUUGCUUUCAAAAGAAAAUAAUUAAUCUUAAAAGCGAUAAGGUUGUAAGGCUCCAAUAGAGUGA